AUGUGGGUGGCUGCCCUCAAGGAUCUUGUUGGUCGUGUGACUCAGCAGUCUGAUUAUUUGAAGAAGGAUUUCUCUUUGGUCAAGGCUCCAUUAGCAAACGGAGUUCUUGCAAUCAUCUGCACUUCAAUCAAUGUCUUGCUGCGCGCUUCCCACAAAGGAAUGACCGCGUAUGGGGCCUAUCAAUCUCUUAAAGGAGGAUUUGCUACUUCCUCCUGGUCUCUCCUCAUCAGUCACUGGGCUGACAUUGCCUCAAACAAUUUCAUCAGCCCCUUGCUGAUGCUUUUGACUGUUGUAUCGCCAUUCAUCCAGAACUCAAGAUCUCAUCUACCAAUGUUCUCCACACGGCCUCUUGCCACCAGCAGGCAAGCACUGCUGCGGCUCCAUUGGCAAUGUAAAUCUCUUCUCAACAAUCUGGGGCUUUAUUGGGAAUGGGUGGCAGAGGCAGUUGAUUAUCAGGGAUCACACGGCGGUCAACGCCCAAGUUUGUCUGGAGGUCAUUCCAAAUGUUGGUCUAGUAACGUGCAGGCUGGCUUGUGGGGGAAGAAAUGGUUAAACCCUGAUUUCCCAUGCCAUUUUUGCUGGGAAUGGGACCAUUGGGCUCCAGACUGUCCUUGGGUGAAGAAUGGUCAGCCACCUCUGGAGGAUCAUUGUGUCACAAACCCGGGAUGGCGUCCUGCUAAGUCAAAAUUCAUGUCAAGCCAGAUAGUCUCACAACAAGACAACAUUGCUUCUGUUUCUGUUACACCAGAGGAAUCUUCAGACAUACUGGUCGAUAUUGGGGCUACAAAUCAUGUAACAUCCCAUCAAGCUUUCUUCACUUCUCUCUGCUCAACUAAUAUCAGACAACGUGUUGCGUCUCAAGAACGCCUUCCCGUAGAAGGUAUUGGUGAUGCAAUCAUCCCUGUUGAGGUGUAUGAUAGUCUGCUACCAUGA